CAAGGAAUCACCCUUCUAUAUAGUCUGCGAGGAUUUUGGUCGACCUCCCAAGCCCUUAAGGAAGUCAGCGGCGAAUUGAACUUGCAAACCACCCAGAAGUUUGAUUGCGAUGCUCUCAAGUCGCGAGUUGGCUCUGUCGGAGAAUUUGUCUGCAAAGAACAAGAAGAGAACCCUCAAACUGGAACCACCACCACCUCUGGACAAAAACCCAAGCCAUCCAACGCUGGUGCUCUCUCACCACCCUCCGGCAUCGCCAUGCUGGUUCUUAUUGGUGGUCUCCUUACCUUCGCUCUGUAA